UAGCAUAGCUCUCUUGUUCAAAUGCUAGAAAUCAUUAUUGAUUUAUUGUGUGGCAGGGAGAACAAGAGCUUGGGUAGUUCUAAAGCUAAAGCUUGUGCCUGGCAGCUGGCUGCAGAAGAAUUUAGCGAGGUGUCAACUCCGCUAUCUGGGUCUGAUGGCCCGUGGAAAAGCUGCAGGAUUGGAAUCUAGAGAUUAUGAUCUUGAUUUAGCGGAAUUUUCCCAGGAACCAAAGUCUGGCCAGUCAUCUUCCAGGCCGGAAGCCUUGCCUUUGGAUUUCGUAGUGCGUCCUCCAUCAAAGAUUGAUCCUGAAAUUAGAGCAUGGGCUAAACAAGUCAUACAAGAUCAGCACCGUCUGAAGAUGGAGAUACAGUUGAUGAAGUUGCUUAGGAACCGGAGUAGGUAGUGGAACAUGAACACAACCCAUGUGAAACAUGAUCGUACUUCUCCAAAGAUAAAUUAGCAACUUUAGAACAUU